AUGUUGCAAGAUUUUAGUAUGCAAGAUUGUAACCCAGCUGCUAUCCCAACUAUUAAUGGACUAGAUUUAGAAACUAUUGAAGAAAAACCUAAAUAUUGUAACCCAACAGAGUACCGGUCCAUUGUCGGAAAAUUGCUUUAUGCCGCUAACAUUUGUCGCUUUGACAUUAGUUUUAUUGUUGGUUUAUUAUCGCGACACUUUCAAAAUCCUGAAGAGAGACAUUUCAAAGCUGCAAAACAUGUUUUAAGAUAUUUAAAAGGAACUAAAUCGUAUGCAUUAUUUUAUAAUAAUAAAGAUGGUCUUCAAGUAUAUACUGAUGCAGAUUGGGGUUCAACAUCAAGAGAUAAAAAGUCAAUUAGUGGUUAUUUAGUUAAGCUAGCCGGUGCUCCAAUUUCCUGGAAGAGUAAGAAACAGAUUACAGUUGCACUCAGUACCACGGAAGCUGAAUAUAUGAGUAUGGCUGAAACGGUUAAGGAAGUACUUUGGUUGUUGCUGGUCUUUGAAAAUACUGAUAUAGAAAUUGAAACUCCAGUUGUUAUUUAUGGUGAUAAUAAUUCUGCUAUUAAACUCGCAAAUCAUCCUACGGCUCAUCCAAAGACAAAGCAUAUUAGUAUUAGGUAUCACUUUAUUAGAGAUCAUAUUACAGAUGGAAAAAUAUUGUUUCAACAUAUACCAACAAAUAUAAUGUUAGCAGAUAUUCUUACAAAAGGUUUGGAUAGAGUUAGAUUUAGAAGUUUAUUGGAAUUGAGUGGUUUACAAGAAGAAGUCUUGAAUUAA